ACUCGGCGCCAGAGCCCCGCUCGCCGGGCCCGCGGGGAGCCGAGAGUCGCCGGGCAGCCAGCCGCGCGGUCGGAGGAGCAGAGCGCGACCGGGAGCGGAGCCGCAGCCGCAGCCGCAGCCGCGGGGCGCAGCGCGCUAUGAUGUCGACCUACAAGCGGGCCACGCUGGACGAGGAGGACUUGGUGGACUCACUCUCCGAGGGCGGAGACGGGUACCCGAACGGCCUGCAGGUGAACUUCCACAGCCCCCGGAGCGGCCAGAGAUGCUGGGCCGAGCGGACCCAGGCGGAGAAGCGGCUGGUGGUGCUGGUGGCGCUCCUGGCGGUGGGACUGGUGGCCUGUGUGGCCGUGCUGAGCAUCCAGUACCGGACAAGAGCGCCCCCGGUGUGCCUCAGCCAGGCCUGCGUCUCAGUGACCAGCUCCAUCUUGAGUUCCAUGGACCCCAGGGUGGACCCCUGCCAGGACUUCUUCACCUAUGCCUGUGGCGGCUGGAUCAAAACCAACCCCGUUCCUGACGGCCACUCACGCUGGGGGACAUUCAGCAACCUCUGGGAGCACAACCAAGCCAUCAUCAAGCACCUCCUCGAAAACUCCACGGCCAGCGUGAGCGAGGCAGAGAAGAAGGCCCAGGUGUACUACCUCGCGUGCAUGAACGAAACCAAGAUCGAGGAGCUGAAGGCCAAGCCGCUGAUGGAGCUGAUUGAGAGGCUCGGGGGCUGGAACAUUACGGGGCCCUGGGACAAGGACAACUUCCAGGAGACCCUGCAGGUGGUCACAUCCCACUACCGCACCUCGCCCUUCUUCUCCGUCUACGUCAGCGCUGACUCCAAGAACUCCAACAGCAACGUGAUCCAGGUGGACCAGUCUGGCCUGGGCUUGCCCUCAAGGGAUUAUUACCUGAACAAAACGGGAAAUGAGAAGGUGCUGACCGGAUACCUGAACUACAUGGUGCAGCUGGGGAGGCUGCUGGGCGGCGGGGACGAGGACGCCGUGCGGCCCCAGAUGCAGCAGAUCCUGGACUUCGAGACGACGCUGGCCAACAUCACCAUCCCCCAGGAGAAGCGCCGGGACGAGGAGCUCAUCUACCACAAAGUGACGGCCGCCGAGCUGCAGACCCUGGCGCCCGCCAUCAACUGGCUGCCCUUCCUCAACACCAUCUUCUCGCCCGUGGAGAUCAACGAGUCCGAGCCGAUCGUUGUCUAUGACAAGGAGUACCUCAGCCAGGUCUCCACCCUCAUCAACAACACCGACAAGUGCCUGCUGAACAACUACAUGAUCUGGAACCUGGUACGGAAGACAAGCACCUUCCUCGACCAGCGCUUUCAGGACGCCGACGAGAAGUUCAUGGAAAUCAUGUACGGGACCAAGAAGACCUGCCUUCCUCGCUGGAAGUUGUGCGUGAGCGACACAGAAAACAACCUGGGCUUCGCCCUGGGCCCCAUGUUUGUCAAAGAGACCUUCGCCGAGGACAGCAAGAACGUGGCCAGCCAGAUCAUCCUGGAAAUCAAGAAGGCGUUUGAGGAGAGCCUGAGCACCCUCAAGUGGAUGGACGAAGACACGCGGAAGUCAGCCAAGGAGAAGGCAGACGCAAUCUACAACAUGAUAGGUUACCCCAACUUCAUCAUGGACCCCAAGGAGCUGGACAAAGUGUUCAACGACUACACCGCAGUCCCGGACCUCUACUUCGAGAACGCCAUGCGCUUCUUCAACUUCUCCUGGAGGGUCACCGCCGACCAGCUGAGGAAGGCUCCCAACAGAGACCAGUGGAGCAUGACCCCUCCCAUGGUGAAUGCGUACUACUCGCCCACCAAGAACGAGAUUGUGUUUCCAGCCGGGAUCCUGCAGGCCCCGUUCUACACCCGCUCUUCACCCAUGGCCUUGAAUUUUGGCGGCAUCGGGGUCGUCGUGGGCCACGAGCUGACUCAUGCUUUUGAUGAUCAAGGACGGGAGUACGACAAGGACGGGAACCUGCGGCCCUGGUGGAAGAACUCGUCCGUGGAGGCCUUCAAGCGGCAGACGGAGUGCAUGGUGCAGCAGUACGGCAACUACAGCGUGAACGGGGAGCCGGUGAACGGCCGCCACACCCUCGGGGAGAACAUCGCCGACAACGGGGGCCUCAAGGCGGCCUACCGGGCCUACCAGAACUGGGUGAAGCAGAACGGCCCCGAGCAGACGCUGCCCACACUGGGGCUCACCAACGACCAGCUCUUCUUCCUGGGCUUCGCGCAGGUCUGGUGCUCCGUCCGCACGCCCGAGAGCACGCACGAGGGCCUCAUCACGGACCCGCACAGCCCCUCCCGCUUCCGGGUCAUCGGCUCCGUCUCCAACUCCAGGGAGUUCUCGGAGCACUUCCACUGCCCGCCCGGCUCGCCCAUGAACCCGCGUCACAAGUGCGAGGUCUGGUGAGGGGCGGAGAGCGAGCCUCGGCGGCAGAGCCCACGGGCUGCCCCCUCCGUCCAGUGCCCAGGGUGCCCCCCGCCCCGCACUGGAGGGUUUUCGGCGGGAACUGAGCUGUGACGGGGGUUCUCGGCAUCAUGUGAGAUGUGGCCCCCCGGGGAGACCCUGUCACCCCGGCCCCAGGCGCACACACCCACUCCGAUGGGCAUUUGGGCGUCAGGCCGGCUGCUCGCCAGGCCUGGGCCCCACGCUGACAAGGGCGGCGGGCACGGCCCCAUGCCCACACCCGGCGCCAGACACUCCACGGAUGCCGCUGUGUCAAAUGCUUUACGUAUAUAUUUUUGGGAAAACUAUUUUGUAAACCUUGUGGAAUACACUGGAAAUCUUCAGGGAGAUGCUACAUCUAAAACACUUUUUUUUUUUUUUUUUAAGGAGAGGAUUGGUAUAUUUAUUAUGUUCUGUGUUUCUAAAUCACCUGUGGACGAGGGAAGCCCCACUGACGACCCCUCCCCUGCCUCCCUGGCUGCGAGGCCGAGCUCAGGCAGCCAUGCCCGGGCCCCUGAGCGGCCUUCAGCCCCGGGAUACACGGUGGCCGCCCCCAUCGCUGGCUUAGGGAGGAGGGGCCUGGGGCCAGCCAGGAGGGGGCCGGCUCGGGGAGGCCCAGCUCAUGGGCACCACCUGUCUUAGCGCCCCUGACUGUCCCCAGAGCCCAGCAGCGGGAACGCCAGCGAGAAAGGUCUGAUCCCAAAGUAGCAGCAGGAGGCCGAGGGCUGUAGCAGCGUGAGGCCAGGGCAGGCCCUCGAACCCAAUUGGGUGCCCGCGCGCCUGGAUCUGGACCGCAGGACCCUGUGACCACCCCUCCUCCCCAUCAGAUGUGCUCUCCUGUGCUCUUCUCAUCCCUCUUUUGUCACCCCCCGCCCCCAUGUCUGUCCUGGGAGCCCGCUGCCUCUCCGGCUUCCCCACCCCCGCCACUACCUUACCCUCCGAGUCUGUCCUCCGCCCGGCCGCGCCUGGCUCCGGCCACAGCCCUCCCACCCUCCAUUCUCUAGUGCCUUAUGGAGGCUAUGACCCUGGGCGCACCCCAGGGGGACAGCCCCUCACCCCCAGGGCCCCUUGGCCUCCUCAGCGAAGCCCCCGAGUGUCCUGACCGGAACACAAGGCCAUACCCCCUGCUCCCGGUGCCCCCUGAGCUGCUUCCCACCAGCACCGAAGCUCUGCCUCCAGGCCAGUGGGCGGGGUCAGGGCCAGGAGCCCCUGACCUUGCCCCGAGCGCCGCCCGCCCUCAGCCCCGUGGGCUGAACCCAGACAAUCCUUGUAGCUAUCUGGACUCCUUCUUGGGAAAUGCUUUCAGCCACGGGUCCCCCAACCCGGUCAGGCCGAGGCCGCAGUUCAGAAGCCCCCAGAGGGACCUCAUUGGAGCCCCGCGCUAGCCAUCUAGGGAAGCAGUGCCUGGGAGCGGGCAGGAGCAGCCGGUGCCCGCCUGCCAGGUGCCCGCCUGCCGCAGCCCAGGCCACCUGGCAGCCCCGCCCUGCCGGCACUCGCUUGGCCCAGGAGGCCGGGCCCUCCUUGCCCAGCAGAAGCCACAGCUCAGCCACUGCCUCGCCCUCCUUCCCAUAAGCCCAGAGCUGGUUCUAGCCCCACAAGCAACUGCCCUGGGAGCUCGUCAGAGGAAAGCUCAGACAGGAGCAGAGCAGGCUGCCCAGUCCUGUUCCCUCCCUGCCCGCUGGCCUUCCCUGCGGUCUGGUGUCUGUCAGCACCCAGGCCUGGGACCUCCCAGCCCAAGCCAGUGUCCCAGAGCUGAGGGCCAGCCAGAGGGCCUGUCAUUGGCACUCAUUGCUCCCUGGUGAGCUGUGAGUGUGGGGAUGGGGGAACAAGGGGGACCCUGCCCCUGAAGCCCAGGAGCCCUGAGGCUGGCUUGUCUGCAGGUACAUGGAUGUGGGUUUGGGGCUGGGAAUCUGGUUUUUGUAUUCUUAAUGUUUUGUGCUACUGUAGUUCUGGUGUGGCACUAUUGUAACUGAAAUAAAGUACUUGUACCGUG